GAAAGAGAGAGAGAGAGAGAGAGAUGGGAACAAGAAUGGGAAGAAAAAAAUCUCUCAUAUCAUGGUUUAUCAUGAUAAUGGGGUUAUUAGCCAGUUGUUUUACAAACCAUAUUGUGUACGGAGAGAACCAAUCUCCAAUGGGCCAAUCCCAUCUCCUCAAAAUGCAAGCUUUUAAGGCCUCUCUUGUGAGGCAUGAUUCUGCACCAUCUCCAUCUCCAUCAAAUACCUCCCCUUCUCCACAACCUCAGGAGGGGGACGGUAGUACAAGUACAAGGGUGUAUCACGUGACAUCGUACGGAGCAGAUCCGACCGGGAAAACCGACAGCACGGACGCAAUCAUAGCGGCAAUGUCGGCUGCGUUUGAAGGCCCAAAGCAAGGAUUCUUGAUGGAAGGAAUCGCCAAUCUCGGCGGCGCAAGAAUUGAUCUUCAGGGCGGCCACUACCUCGUCAGCCGUCCCCUUCGCUUUCCCGCCACCGGGGCCGGCAAUGUCGUCAUUCAUGGAGGAACAUUAAGAGCUUCUGAUGAUUUCCCAACUGGCGGAUACUUAAUUGAUCUGUCUUCUUCAUCUUCCACUAACAAGAGCCCACAAAACAACAAGACCACAGUUGAUGCUCAGCUUUCUUCCUCAUCCUAUAACUAUGAGUACAUCACACUUAAGGACCUAAUGUUGGAUUCCAACUACAGAGGAGGAGCCAUUUCAGUCAUAAACUCACUCAGAACAAGCAUAGACAAUUGCUAUAUCACUCAUUUCACCACCACAGGUAUCCAAGUCCAACAAGGCCACGAGACCUACAUCCGAAACUCGUUCCUCGGGCAACACAUCACUGCCGGUGGAGACCCCGGGGAGAGGAACUUCUCCGGAACAGCCAUCGUCCUAGCGGGAAAUGACAAUGCUGUCACUGACGUGGUGAUAUUUUCUGCUGCCGUAGGAAUUAUGGUCUCUGGACAGGCCAAUACACUUUCUGGUGUACAUUGCUAUAACAAGGCCACUGGCUUUGGGGGCACUGGGAUUUACUUGAAAUUGCCGGGUUUAACCCAAACCCGGAUUGUGAAUUGUUAUUUGGACUACACUGGGAUUGUUGCUGAAGACCCAGUUCAGCUUCUGAUCUCGAACAGUUUUUUCCUUGGUGAUGCAUAUGUUGUGUUGAAAUCAGUGAAUGGGGUGGCAAAUGGGGUCAAUAUUGUGGACAACAUGUUUAGUGGGUCAGGAAAAGGGGUUGAGAUUGUUCAGUUGGACCAAUCAAAAGGGCCUUUUAAGGACAUUGACCAAGUUGUUGUGGAUAGGAACAAUGUGAAGGGAAUGAAGUUAAGGGCAACAGUUGCAAAAGGUGCUGCUCAAGGCAAUGGGACCUCAUGGACAGUUGAUUUCAAUGGGGUUCUUCUGUUUCCUAAUCUUAUUAGGGAUGUCCAAUACUCUUUGAGCACUAAUGGAGGUGGAUUUCCUAAUCAUGUUCUUCGGAAUUCGUCGGCUAAUCGUGUGGUUAUCGAGUCGAAUGUGGCUGUUCCGGGCAGUGUUUCUAUCACGGUGAAUCAAGGAGUGGCAAUUCAUGAAGCUAGCUAGCUAACCUUAGUUUUUUGAAUCAGGCAGCAUGUGUUCACUAGAUAACUGUGAAUAGGCUGGUGAAUAUGUGAUUGAGUCAUAUGUGAUGGAUAGUUGGAUAUACUAGCUAA